AUAAAAAUAAUUUAAUAUUAAACUGAACAUCAAAGUUCAGGUUUUAUAUCAUGUACACAAGUUACAUGCACUAGCGACAGUCUAUCAAUUGCACUCUGUGUACUGCUUUACUAGAAAAUAACUUGAUCUCAUUUAUCAAUAAGAUUUCAUUUCAGGGAAGCAGGUAGCCUCUGGUUUUUAUCAUCUACUUGCAUAGCUCCAUGCUCAUAUCAUCUAAGGAACAGCUGCAUUUUAAAUUCUUACUCCCUUUGGGCUGUACCAACAUUUGUGCAUUUUGGCUCUGAAUUAUCUGAAAGAAAACGGAGGGGAAAAAAAACAAACAACCCUAGAUCUGGCACAAAAAUCACAAGUUGAUUUUAAACCAACUCUGCUGCCAAAAUAGUUGAUUUGGGGAGUUAAAUGCUGAAAUUCUGUGUGCUUCUGUCUCAAUGGGCUAUUCAAGCAGCUGCAGUCACAGAAGGGGUUCCUGCCAACAUCUCAUGUAGCCAUAGGGAGCAGAAACGUGAUGGGGAAAAUGGCUUCUUUUCCUCUUUCUUUUCACACCAUCAGAAAAUGUGUGUCAGUGGUAAGAAACUGGGAGUGCUUAUUAGGAACUUUAAGGGAGAUCCUUGACUGAUGGAUUGGAUAUUCAAAAUUCCUCCAAUUGAGCAAGAUGAUAUUUUUCAUUCUUCAAGGGACAAAGUGAAAAGUAAAAGGAGUCACCCAUGUGUGAAGAGAAGGUCAGCAUUAGGUGGGAUGAUCAGUCAAGUUUGAACACUUAUAGCAUAAACUAAUAUUUAACUUUAUUCCAGUGUUCCUUCACUGCUUCUGUGGUUAGAAAAGUGCUUUUGGGAUGAAAAAAAGCGCUUGAUUUUUAAAGACAGUUUGAUAUCUUUUAAUCUUUAAUCCACAUCAUACCUCAUUAGUUACUUGAUCAACCAGGAGACUGAGUUGCACCAAAAAAAGUGGUAAACGACAUUAUAUAUUAUUCAGAGCUUCUAAAACAGCCAUACUUUACAAAGGAAAAGAUGCAUCUCAGGGAGCCAUCAAUCCACAUUUUAACAACUUACAUUUGGGAUCAAAUGUUUUCAGCCAGAUUGUGCAGACAAGUUUUGUUCAACACAAAAAAAGCUUUGCUUUAGCUCUUAGGAUUUUGAGGAAGUUUUCUUUGGAAGCUCUUUGGAGUGGGUGGAUGGAGGGAGAGGAAGGAGAAAUGCAUUUCUCUUGAGGCAGGAACCAAAAAAGUCAUUGUUCUAAGCAAGCAUUGGUAUGAGUAAGCCUGACCCAAGGAUGGGUGUAGUCAAGAGACAUCUCUGUAUUUGAGGCUGCUAUAUUUUCUUUUGUUGUCCCUUGCCAUCUCAGCCCCAAGCAGUGAUGUGUACACAGGGCUGAUUUAUGUGUGACCACACAGCUGCACUGUUUUUCCGAAUUCCUAUUGAGCUUGGAUCUUGCCCUGAGAGUGCAGGUGUUGGACUCCUUUGUAUGAAAAUGUUUUAAAACAGGGUUUUAAAACACAAUCCCUAUGCAUGUGAGUGGCUUUCACCCAAAAUUCAAGAUGCUUUUAUUCUGUAGCCAUAACUUAAUCUCUUGGAACAGCAUGUUUCCAGGGGAAGAGAGUCUCUUUCUUCCUUAAAAUCAGUUUAGCAACAGAAUGUGGAUUUACAAUUUAAGAUAAAUAACAGAAGUGAAGUCAGGGUUCAAUUUUAGGAAUAUGAAAUAAAUAAAGGAAAUUUCAGGAUUGAUAACCAAGGACAGUGACCUCUCAUUCACCUGUUAAAAAGGUACACAAGAGUGUAUGAGUGUAAGAGUGAAAGGUAGGAUUAUCCACUUCUAUGCGGUCUGUACCAUUUGUGCCUUGUACACUAAUUAUCUUCCUCAUUUCUCAGAUGCUAGAUGCUUUAUAAAAGAUGUUGUCUCCUCUUGUUUUCAGGUAAUACUAUUUGAAGAUGCCAACGUCCUGGCAAAUAUGCUGCAAGAAAAAAUCCAAAUCUAAGAAUGGAAAUGCUGAAAUGGAUGACAUGGCAGACACAAGUGAAAAAAUGCAGAUGAAAAAAGAAAUUACGUUACUAAAUGGAGUUUCAUUAAUUGUAGGAAAUAUGAUUGGUUCUGGGAUAUUUGUAUCUCCCAGAGGUGUUUUAAUGUACAGUACUUCCUACGGACUCUCUCUUAUCAUCUGGGCUCUUGGCGGAAUGUUUUCACUGUUUGGAGCUUUAUGUUAUGCUGAGUUGGGAACAUCCAUUGUUAAAUCUGGAGCUAGUUAUGCCUACAUCCUGGAAGCGUUUGGUGCCUUUGUGGCCUUCAUUAGACUGUGGUCAUCUUUGCUUAUUAUUGAACCAACAACUCAGGCAGUGAUAGCAAUCACAUUUGCUAACUAUAUUGUUCAGCCGAUUUUUCCUCAUUGUGAGCCACCGUACGAUGCAGUCAGAUUGAUUGCAGCUGCUUGUAUUUGUUCCUUAACGUUUAUUAAUUGCGUUAAUGUGAAGUGGGGAACUCGCGUGCAAGAUAUUUUCACAUAUGCAAAACUUAUGGCCCUUGUCGUGGUGAUAUCUGUUGGCCUUUACAAAAUUGGUAAAGGAGAAACAGAAAAUCUCAAAGCUGCCUUUGAGGGCUCAGCAACAGACCCGGGAAUGAUUGCACUGGCUCUGUACUCAGCCCUCUUUUCCUACGCGGGAUGGGACACCCUGAAUUACGUCACCGAGGAGAUGAAGAACCCCGAGAGGAAUUUACCUCUUUCUAUUGCAAUUUCCAUGCCUAUUGUGACUAUUAUUUACUUGCUGACUAAUAUAGCAUAUUAUGUAGUGCUGGAUAUGUCAGCACUCCUCACAAGUGAUGCAGUGGCUGUGACGUUUGGUACUGAAACGCUUAGUUAUGCUAAGUGGAUAAUUCCUAUAGCUGUGGCCAUGUCUUGCUACAGUGGGUUAAACUCAUCAAUAAUUGCAGCAUCUAGGCUUUUCUAUGUUGGAGCCAGAGAAGGACACCUCCCUGACAGUCUGAGCUUGAUUCAUAUGAAGUGUUUCACACCAGUCCCUGCUCUUCUCUUUAAUGGUUUAAUGACUUUGCUUUAUCUCCUUGUGGAAGAUGUUUUCCUCCUCAUUAAUUACUACUGCUUCAACUACUGGCUCUUCGUGGGCCUGUCUAUUGCAGGACUAAUAUAUUUGAGAUAUACUCAGCCACGUAGACCACGACCUAUUAAACUUAAUCUCUUCUUCCCUAUCAUAUACUGUUUAUGUUCCCUUUUCCUGGUCAUAGUUCCUCUCUACAGUGACACGAUCAAUUCCCUUAUUGGCAUUGGUAUUGCCCUCUCAGGCGUUCCUGCAUAUUAUUUAGGAGUCUAUCUGCCAGUUGAAAAAAGACCUAAAUGGCUACAGUGGCUCUCUGUUACAACAACCAAAUACAUUCAGCUGCUCUUCUACUGUGCCCUGUCAGACCUGGACAUAGACAUGGAACCUACAAAAGCUAAAAGCAAAUAGGAUUGCCUUGACACUGGGAAUUGCACUUGACACAUCCUGUCUGGAACAAUUUUUAUAACCUGAAGUUCUCUCCAUAUCCUCAGAUACAUUAAAGCAUCAGCCACUGUACUUUGCACCAAUUUGAUGUCUGUUAAUUUAUGCUUGUUUCAUAAACCACUUGCCAGCCUCUGUUUUACAGGAUUUUUUUAAUUGUUCAUUAACAGUUAUUGAACAGCACUUUGAAACUAUAAAGUAUGGUAUGAACAAACACUUAUCAGUAGGUAAUUAUUAGGUUCAUUGCAAAAGCUUAAAAAAAAAUUAAAUUCCAUCAGAAUCCUAAGAAAUAAAUUGAUCAAUGUAACAAAAAUCAGAUCAGAUAUCUGCAAGGUUUAAAACCUGAGUUGGGAAGCAGAAGCCACAGUGUACUUCUAAAAAUAUUCCUAAAUUCUUAGCCAAAUAAAAAAUAGAUAGUCUGUACUGGAUAGGAUACAGUUGGCAAUUGGUUUUGGUCAAUUCUGUUUUGUGAAAAAUUCUUAUUUCAUUAUAGGCCACAUCCAUUACUCUUUUUGUGGUAGAAGUAUCUUCAACAAACAAAUGACACUCUUGUAACUGACAUAUUUUUUGCUUUCUGGCAGAACAUCUCACUGUGGAGCACUGUAAGGGACUGAGACAUGCUUCAAUUCACUUUAUUCAGAGAAAAUACAUUUUCAUAGCAUCCACUGCUUGCCUUUCAGUAUCAAAAGCAUGGCCCAAUGAAUCGUACUAAUUUUUUUGCACAGUAGAACUUAUUUAAGGAUUUUUUAAGGAGAAAAUUUAAAAAUCUUGAUUAAAAAUCCUGUGAGCUACUGCCCAACCGUGCAGGCUGGUCUUUCACAGAAUGGUUGAGGUUGGAAGGGACCUCUGGAGGACACAUGGUCCAAACCCUCAGAGUCACCUAGAGCAGGUUGCCCAGGACUGACCUUGCCAGUUCUUCUGGCACAGCACCCUGCAUUCCUGCUCUUCAGCAACCAGAGAGCCUUCUGCACUGGCUGCCAGGCCUUCACAUCUUGCAGGUCCCCAUUGCAGCACUAGACAAGUGCACCCACCACUGAUUAAAUAAAUGGGCAGUGAAGAACACUACAUUUUUCAGUGUGGCACACAAUGAUGUGUAACCAGUCCUAAUUCUUAGCUGCUUCAAGUGGAAAAGACAACAACUGUCAGAGAAAAGAAAAAAACAAUCAACUUUACCAACUAGACUAUGAAAACAACAGUUCCUUUUCUAAUCUGCUUCAUAGAUAUGUUGCACUUUUUAUUGUCCUUCUUGUCAAUUUAUACUUCCUUUCUGUAAUUAUAUUUGAAUGUAGCAUGUAUUUUUUUAAUUCAAAUUCCACUCAAGUAACCCCAAGUAAGUUAUUUUUUUUAAAUCUUAUUAAGUCCCUGUGGCUUCCACUAUUAUUGUCUUUUAUUUGUGUCUAUCCAGACAAAGAGAAAUGGGAUAGGAAAGAAGGCAGCUGUUGCCACUGUGACCUUUUUUUCAUUCCUUCCCUACAGUGUAAGAUCAUUUGCAAGAUGAUAAGCUCAUGUACCUCUAGCCUAAUGUUUGCUGGCACUUCUUCUGUGAAGCUUUCUCCACACAUUCCAAUGCCAUCCAUUGCAGCACUUGUGGGAUUUUCUUUUGAUGUAAAGUGUAAGUGAUAAAAAUGCACUAAACUAAGGUAUGGUACUUAGAUAUUUAGUAUUUAAGGUACUAAUAUACUAGAAAUAUAUAUUUUGCUUUUUAGAAGCUGUGACUUUCAUGCACUAAAAUCACUGAAAUAUCAUAAACAUUAAGAGGAAAGGAGAUCAAGGGUGUAAUUUAGAUUGCCCUGUUCCAGAUACUCUCGUGUAUUCUUCAUGUACACAAGUGCCUAUGUUACAGUAUUGCGUGAUGUUCAUUCUGCUCUGUGACUUCACAGAAAUACUGCAUUGUCAUCCCACCUUUUGAAGGCACCAGUUAAUGAUGCAGUUGAGAUACCACAAUGCACGCAGAGAAUAUAAAGCCUACAAGACAGUGCCAUAUUAAACCUAGCAGUCUUUGUCUGCAGAGUUCAAAGUCACGCUUGGUGAUGAGCUUCAUGUCACAUCAAGAAAGCACUGCACCAUGCUAUAUGUUUAUUACAUGCCCAAAGGUGCUACGUGUUUGGACACAACUGAAAUGAUACCUCAGGUGGUAGCAGAUAGUGGGUACCAAAGGUAGUAUAAGAAAGGCUAUGAGCAUUUCCAUAGAAAUUCUGAGGUGAUAAACUUUGUGGUUUUUUAUCAAAAUCUGUUUUUGUAUGAAUCUGUUGGCUUUCUGGGCACCACACACAAGCUUCCAUUUUCUUUCUUUCUGGACAGGUGACAAGUGGAAGUGUAUUAGUAGUCAGAUACAAUGUUAUAAAUGUGAAUACUGUUAUUGAAAUUCUGUAUGGACAUUGGAAUCUCAGAAAUGUUCGUGUAUUUGUUGAUUUUUAAUUCCUUACAAAUAAUAUGUGUAAGUUGUUUUCAAAUAUCUAAAGCCAAGUUAUAGAUGCUGAAAUAUUUAAAUAAAUCACAUUUGAUUCUUG